AUGGAGCAAUCUCCUCAGGCCCAUGCUGGUGUCCCUUCCUCUGUUCACCCUGCCUCUAUUGUCGAGGAACAUGGUAAAGUGUGGCUGCAGCACUGGAAGCCGGAGUCCCCUGUCAACUUCGAUGCAGUGCAACGCAUCCUUGACCGUGUCCCGGGCGGGCCGCAAUCGGACAUUGUGCUCCAGGUCGAGGCUGAGGCUCUGAUGCGGGCCACCAAGGCAAUGCGGGGGAAAGCGAUGGGCCCUGACCGAUGGUCAGCGGAGCUUCUGCUCCGCCUCCCAGUGCCGUGGUGGGAAGCGGCGGCCACUCUGUGGAAUGCGGUGCUCUCCACGAAGUACGUUCCUCGACUCUGGCGCCGGGCACUGAUUGCCCUGGUGCCGAAGCGCCUGGAUGAAUACCGACCGAUCGCCUUGUGCCCUGUCAUCUGGCGAGCUGGUGCCCACUGCAUCUCUCGCAAUGUGCUGCCGUGGAUGGACACAUGGCUGGGCCACCACACCUUGGGCGGUGCGCCAUGUAGAGGCCCGGGCGACGCUCAUGCCCGGCUUUUUCAUGCGUGGCAGAGCGGCGGCAAAGUCUUUUGCCAGCAGGACCUCACGCGGUUCUUCGACUCUCUUGAUGUCCAGGCGGUGGGUAUGGUGCUCCGGCACCUUGGUGCUCCUGCUGGCCUCGCUGAGCUCUUAGCCUCCUUCUACCAGGAUGCCUCGAGGCUCUUUCUGCACGAGGGCAGGUCCAGCAGUGCAUGGGGCAGCCCGGCGCGGGGCCUGGCGCAGGGAUGCCCACUCUCCCCAAUGGCCGCGGUUGCGGUCGGCCAUAUCUGGGCCAUGUGGGUCCAGUCCUUUGCCAAGGGACGCACCGACUGCCUCAUCUUUAUUGACGACCGGGUGCUGUGGCCUUCCUGCACGUGUGCGGACCCUCUUGGGGCCAUGGAUGUGGCAUUGAGGGCUUCUGACUCCUUUGACCAAGCCUUCGGUUUCCAGUGCCGUGCCAGCAAAUGUGCUGUGGUGUGUCCACCCGAUGUCGGGACUUUCGAUCAGUGGGCCAGUGCCAGGAGCUACCCACGCGUGACUACUUUAAAGGUGCUGGGCAUCACCCUCGACAUGCAGGAGGGUGCCCUGGGGCUCCUUAAGUUUAGCCCGCGCUUGCUCCUGCAUCGCCUUCGCUUUCUCAAGCUCCUGGGAGGGGAGGUGCCCCAGCUCCGUCGCAUCGUGCUGCAGCUGGUCCACUCGGCCAUGUUUUGGGCUGGUGGUGUCGCCUGCCCGGACCGCGACUGCUUGCGCGACGUCUGGCACUCCACUUGUGCUGUCCUGCAAAAGCACGCCACCUUCGAGUCUCCUAAAGUCUUGCUGUGUGCCUCUUUUGGCUGGAGUUUGGACCCUGAAUGGGCGGCGGACUGGGCAUCCCUGCGGGCUGCCUGGCGUUUCAAGGCUCGGCCCCCGGCCUGGCUCGACACAGCUGGGCUUGAUGUUGCUUGUGGUGACUGGCGUCGCUUCCUCCCUGGUGCGGCAAUGGCGCCAUCCUGGCACGGCUCGACGAUUCGGGCACCUUCUGGCUGGGAAUCCUUUGAUGUGGUCAAGCGCUGGCUUGUGGACCACUACAAGUGGCAGGGCGUGCAUUCGUGUGGGCGGAUCCGCAAUCGUGGCCACCGCGAUGAUGCAACGUUGGCCCGUGGUCUCAGCCUGGGGGCCCCGCUUCGCAGUGCUCGUUUUGCGCUUGAAGGUCACCGCCUUGCAGUCGCGGCUGAGCCUACACGUGAAGUUCGCCUUGCAGCACUGGGCUCGGGCGGCUCCAUCUGGUACCACUGCAAACGGCUGGAGAUGAGCUCACCCGACACCACGGCGUGUGUUUGUGGCCUCUUGCAGCCCAGCCGGGCGCAUCUCACCUGGUGUUGCGCCUCAACGACGGGAUUGCGGCAAGGUCUCGCACCUCCUUCCACCCGUGCUGGUGAACGGCUCUUUGCGGCCGAAAUCUCUGAGUACCCUGCAGCUCCUGCAGCUUCGGACUUUGAAAACACCCUUCAGAGCAUUGUGGCGCAUCUUCGCAACUUCGCUACUGUGGGCGAGCGUCUGCUCAUCGCGACCGAUGGCAGUGCUAAGUUUGAUGUCGGCGGCUGUGCCGUGAUCUUCGGAAGCGGCGACGGCACCUUCGUCUUCGGUGAUGCUUGUGAGGACCAGUCGGCUUUCCGAUGUGAGCUCCUCACUUUGACGACCCUCUUCGAGGCGAUCUCUCGUGCACAGUUGGCCCCAGGCUGUCAGGUCGGCAUCCUGGUGGAUUGCAGCUCUGCUCUUCAGGCUGUGGCUCAACCUGAGGCGUGCUCUAUGCCUCUCCUGGCUCACAAGGCUGCGAGGCUACUGCGUGAUGUGAGUGCCGGUGGCUUGGACCUGAAGCUUUCGUGGACUCCUGCACAUGGUCGGCGGCCCAACUGGACUGCUCCCUGGGGCCAAACGGCCGCCCGCUGCAGGGACCUUAACGAACGGGCCGAUGCGGCUGCCAACAGCAUUCGCGAGCACCGGGCUCGUGGAUCGGGCAGGGUGAGCUGGCAUGCAGAGCUUCAUCAUGCAGCACUUUGGGAGCGGGGGGCCAUCUUGGCUUCUGCUGGUGCCUCCAAUGUCUUGGCGCAGCACCUUCGUGCGAGGCGGCCGGCCCGUCACCGCCUUGCAGUCGCGGCUGAGCCUACACGUGAAGUUCGCCUUGCAGCACUGGGCUCGGGCGGCUCCAUCUGGUACCACUGCAAACGGCUGGAGAUGAGCUCACCCGACACCACGGCGUGUGUUUGUGGCCUCUUGCAGCCCAGCCGAGCGCAUCUCACCUGGUGUUGCGCCUCAACGACGGGAUUGCGGCAAGGUCUCGCACCUCCUUCCACCCGUGCUGGUGAACGGCUCUUUGCGGCCGAAAUCUCUGAGUACCCUGCAGCUCCUGCAGCUUCGGACUUUGAAAACACCCUUCAGAGCAUUGUGGCGCAUCUUCGCAACUUCGCUACUGUGGGCGAGCGUCUGCUCAUCGCGACCGAUGGCAGUGCUAAGUUUGAUGUCGGCGGCUGUGCCGUGAUCUUCGGAAGCGGCGAUGGCACCUUCGUCUUCGGUGAUGCCUGUGAGGACCAGUCGGCUUUCCGAUGUGAGCUCCUCACUUUGACGACCCUCUUCGAGGCGAUCUCUCGUGCGCAGUUGGCCCCAGGCUGUCAGGUUGGCAUCCUGGUGGAUUGCAGCUCUGCUCUUCAGGCUGUGGCUCAACCUGAGGCGUGCUCCAUGCCUCUCCUGGCUCACAAGGCUGCGAGGCUACUCCGUGAUGUGCGUGCCGGUGGCUUGGACCUGAAGCUUUCGUGGACUCCUGCACAUGGUCGGCGGCCCAACUGGACUGCUCCCUGGGGCCUAACGGCCGACCGCUGCAGGGACCUCAACGACCGGGCCGAUGCGGCUGCCAACAGCAUUCGCGAACACCGGGCUCGUGGAUCGGGCAGGGUGAGCUGGCAUGCAGAGCUUCAUCGUGCAGCGCUUUGGGAGCGGGGGGCCAUCUUGGCUUCUGCUGGUGCCUCCAAUGUCUUGGCGCAGCACCUUCGUGCGAGGCGGCCGGCCCGUAUCAUUCAAGAUGAUCCGUGA